UGAAGUUCAAAUAUAAUGACAAGAUAACCCUUUUGCCAAAAUAAAAUAUAACCCAGAAAGAGGGAAGAAUCUGGGAAAGCCGAAACGCAGAGAAAUUUCGAUGGUCGAAAAGACUACUUUUGUCCUACAGAGUGGGGCAUCGGGCAUCUUGUACUGAAAACUGGUAUUUUUUUGGGAACUAAGCCACUUGUUUGUUCUUCUAUGCUUAACGCGUAUAAACAAAGCAAAUCACUUUUCCUUCUAGACGCUUUCCGGUAGUUAUCGCAAUUCCAUCUUGCCACUUAAAAUCUUCAGCAUCCACUUGUUUUGAUGAUUAAAUAUUAUUGCAGCAACAGAAAAUGGAACGGUACCUGAAGCCUGUGAACGAAUAUGUGUCGGCAUCCUUGUGCCAAGCACUGGGGAGAUAAUUUCAUCCGAGCUUUCUUGACGAAUCCAUUUUUAACAGUCCACAAAAACCAGAAGCCCGUCUUAACCAGCCUCGAAAUUGCAAGAGCAUCGAAGAAAGUGGGCACCGGAGUGAGACUUCAUAAUCACAAAAGAUAAAGGUGCAGAUAAUCUAGCUUCUCAUGUUCCUGCAGUAGCUCAAACUGCAUUUCCACAGAUAGCAGAGUUCUUAGAAAGGAGGCCAAAAACAAGUGCAUAUACCACCCACCCAACCAUGCAUCCACAAGCAACACCAAACCACCAAGAUGACUUCAAACUGAAGGACACCCACCCCAAGCUCGGGGAGCGGUGGCCACAUGGAGGUAUCCGGGGCGGAGGCGGGUGGAUUAGUAGCGACAGGGCGACAAGCACCUAUGAUCUCGUCGAACAGAUGUACUAUCUUUAUGUCAGAGUUGUUAAAGGCAAAGAUCUUCCGGUAAACCCAGUAACCGGAAGCUGCGACCCCUACGUAGAAGUGAAGCUGGGGAACUACAGAGGGAAAACUAAACACUUUGAGAAGAGAACGAAUCCUGAAUGGAACCAGGUUUUCGCCUUCUCAAAAGACAAGAUUCAGUCUUCGGUUCUGGAAGUUUACCUCAGAGACAGGGAGAUGGUGGGGAGAGAUGAUUACGUCGGGAAGGUGGUGUUCGACAUGAACGAGGUGCCUACUAGGGUCCCGCCGGAUAGCCCCCUGGCACCUCAAUGGUAUAGACUAGAGGACCGACAAGGGCAAAGCAAGGUGAGAGGAGACAUCAUGCUUGCAGUUUGGAUGGGUACACAAGCAGAUGAAGCCUUCCCGGAGGCAUGGCAUUCGGACGCCGCUUCAGUCCAAGGAGAAGGCGUUUUCAGCGUCAGAUCGAAGGUUUACGUUUCGCCUAAACUUUGGUACCUCAGAGUCAACGUAAUCGAAGCACAAGACGUGGAAACACCGGACAAAACCCAGCUCCCGCAGGUCUUCGUCAAGGCUCAAGUCGGAAACCAGAUACUGAAAACCAAGUUGUGUCCAACCAGAACAACCAGUCCUUUCUGGAACGAGGAUCUAAUCUUUGUUGCAGCAGAGCCUUUCGAAGAGCAGCUGGUGCUCACGGUUGAAAACAAAGCGAGCCUGUCCAAAGAUGAGCUGGUGGGGAGGGUGAGCUUGCCACUGACCACGUUCGAGAAGCGAUUGGACCACCGACCGGUUCAUUCUCGGUGGUUCAACCUCGAAAGAUUUGGAUUCGGCGCGUUGGAGGGAGACAGGAGGCAUGAGCUCAAGUUUGCAACCAGGAUUCAUCUCAGAGCCUGUCUCGAGGGCGCUUACCAUGUACUAGACGAAUCCACUAUGUACGUAAGUGACACCCGGCCCACUGCUCGGCAGCUGUGGAAGCAGCCCAUAGGAAUCCUUGAAGUAGGCAUCUUGAGCGCGCAGGGACUUCUGCCGAUGAAGACAAAGGACAGAACUACGGACGCUUACUGUGUGGCGAAAUAUGGGUUGAAGUGGGUGAGAACCAGAACUAUUCUCGACAGCUUCAAUCCAAAGUGGAACGAGCAGUACACAUGGGAGGUUUAUGAUCCUUGCACAGUGAUCACUUUGGGAGUUUUCGAUAACCGUCACUUGGGAGGAGCUGAGAGAUCUGCAGCUGCAAAGGACUCGAGAAUCGGAAAGGUAAGAAUCCGGCUUUCAACCUUGGAAACGGAUCGGAUAUACACUCACUCUUACCCACUUAUUGUCCUACAAACGUCCGGACUGAAGAAGAUGGGCGAACUCCAAUUAGCCUUCCGGUUCACUUGCUUGUCUCUGGCAAACAUAAUAUAUCUCUAUGGGCACCCCUUGCUCCCCAAAAUGCACUAUCUCCAUCCUUUCACUGUGAGCCAGUUAGACACUUUGAGGUAUCAGGCGAUGAUCAUUGUGGGGGCGAGGCUUGGCCGAGCAGAGCCUCCUCUGACGAAAGAAGUUGUGGAAUACAUGUUGGAUGUGGAUUCUCACAUGUGGAGCAUGAGAAGAAGCAAGGCCAACUUUUUCCGGAUCGUUUCGCUGUUUUCGGGAAUAAUGUCUAUGAGCAGAUGGCUAGGUGAAGUGUCCCAUUGGAAGAAUCCGGUCACUUCAGUUCUAGUCCAUGUCCUACUUUUCAUUUUGAUCUGCUACCCAGAAUUGAUACUCCCGACGGUCUUCCUUUACAUGUUUAUAAUAGGACUGUGGAAUUUUCGGUUCAGGCCAAGACAUCCUCCACAUAUGGAUACUAAACUCUCAUGGGCAGAAGCAGUUCACCCGGACGAACUGGAUGAAGAGUUUGACACGUUCCCCACGUCAAAACAACAAGAUAUAGUGCGGAUGAGGUAUGAUAGGAUUCGAAGCGUUGCUGGAAGGAUUCAGACGGUGGUGGGAGACAUGGCAACACAGGGGGAGAGAUUUCAGUCUCUCCUUAGCUGGAGAGACCCUAGAGCAACCAGUCUGUUCGUAAUUUUGUGCCUUAUCGUGGCAGUGGCGCUCUACGUGACACCGUUUAAGAUCGUGGUUUUGGUCGCGGGUUUGUUUUUUCUACGGCACCCCAGGUUUCGAAGCAAAUUGCCAUCAGUCCCCAGCAACUUCUUCAGGAGAUUGCCGGCUCGAGCUGAUAGCAUGCUUUGAGAGGGUAUAUAACAUAAAAAGCGGUUUCCUUCUUGUUCUGAAUACCGUUUAUAAUUCUGUAUCUUCGAACAUCUAGUCCUUAUUGUAUUCAUCUGGCUUUACUGGUAUUAAUUUCCAGAGUUUGUUUGCACUGUAU